CGGCGGUCGCCGGAGAUGGCGUGCAUCAAGAGCGCGCAGCGGGCGGCGCUGACGGCGCUCGCGCCCGACGCGCCCUACCUCGCCGCCGGCACCAUGAGCGGCGCCGUCGACAGGGACUUCUCCGCGUCCGCCAACAUCGAGAUCUUCAGCCUCGACUUCCAGUCCGACUCCCCCGACCUGCGGGUCGUCGCCGCGGCGCCCUCCCCCGACCGCUUCAACCGCCUCUGCUGGUCCCGCCCGGGCGCCGUCGAGGGCGACUCCUUCGCCCUCGGCCUCCUCGCCGGCGGCCUCAGCGACGGCUCCGUCGCGGUCUGGAACCCGCUCAGCAUGAUCAGCUCCAAGGGCCUAGCCGAGGACGCCAUGGUCGCGCGCCUCGAGAAGCACAACGGGGCGGUUACCGGAUUGGAGUUCAGCGAGCUCACGCCGAAUCGGCUCGCUUCAGGGGCUAACGAGGGGGACGUUCGCAUCUGGGAUCUCAAAAACCCCAGCGAGCCCGAAGUGUUCCCGCCACUCAAGAAUGUUGGCUCGAGCGCUCAAGCUGACAUAACUUGCUUGACCUGGAACCCCAAGUUUCAGCAUAUAUUAGCCUCAGCUUCUAGUAAUGGGAUCACAGUUGUUUGGGAUUUGAGAAACCAGAAGCCAUUAACUAGCUUUUCAGAUUCAAAUAGGAGGAAUUGUUCUGUCCUGCAGUGGAAUCCUGAUAUGUCCACCCAGCUCAUCGCUGCAUCAGAUGAUGACAACUCUCCUUCUUUGAGAGUUUGGGAUGUGAGGAAAACUAUUGCACCUGUAAGGGAACUUUUUGGACAUUCGAAAGGUGUAAUUGCUAUGUCAUGGUGCCCCUAUGAUAGUUCUUUCUUGCUUACUUGCGGCAAGGAUAAUAGAACAAUAUGCUGGGAUACAGUUAGCGGAGAGAUUAUCAGUGAGCUACCGACAAGCUCUAACGGCAACUUCGACAUUCACUGGUACCGCAAAAUUCCAGGUGUCGUAGCAGCAUCCUCAUUUGAUGGUAAAAUUGGCUUACACAACUUGGAGUUCUCUGGCCUUUAUGCAGCUGGUGAUGGCGCUGUUGGUGCCUCAGCACGUCCAAGAGCUCCAGCUCCGAAAUGGUUGAAAUGCCCCACCGGUGCAUCUUUUGGCUUUGGGGGUAAACUUGUCUCUUUCCAUCCGGCACAAGGCACACAAGCGGGUACUUCUGAGGUGCAUGUACAUAAUUUGGUGGUUGAGCAGACUCUAGUAAGCCGGUCAACUGAAUUUGAAGCUGCAAUGCAGAAUGGAGACAAAAGUUCCCUGCGUGCUUUGUGUGACAAAAAAUCACAAGAAUAUUUAUCCGAUGAAGAGAGAGAAACGUGGAGCUUCUUAAGGGUUAUGUUUGAGGAUGGCGAUACUGCCAGGACAAAAUUGCUUGCUCAUCUUGGAUUCAAUCCACUUCAAGAACCGACUGAGAAUGCAACUGAUGAACUGAGCAAAACAUUGGCUGAUACACUUAAUCUUGAUCACGGAACACCAACUGAUAAUGUGGAUGCCCAAUUUCUUGUUGAUAACGGUGAUGAUUUUUUUAACAAUCCUCAACCUUCAGAGACAAGCUUGGCUGAGGAGUCAAUAUCUGCAGAUGGCCAAGAGAUCGAGCAGGAAAUACCUGAAAGUGUUGUGCCAUCUGAUCCAUCAGUUGACAAAAGUAUUCAACAUGCAUUGGUAGUUGGGGACUAUAAAGGAGCAGUUAAUCAGUGCCUUGCUGCAAAUCGUAUGGCUGAUGCUCUGGUCAUUGCCCAUGCUGGUGGUUCUGCUCUAUGGGAAAGCACCAGAAAUCAAUAUCUUAAAAACAGUGUCUCGCCCUAUUUAAAGGUUGUUUCUGCUAUGGUUGGCAAUGACUUGAUGAGUUUUGUGAGUACAUGGCCACUAAAUGCAUGGAAGGAAACACUUGCACUACUGUGCACAUUUGCACGGAAAGAGGAGUGGAAUGUUUUAUGUGACACUCUUGCAUCUAGACUUCUGGGUGUUGGUGAUAUGCUAGCUGCGACACUAUGUUAUAUUUGUGCUGGAAAUAUUGAUAAAGCUGUUGAAAUAUGGUCUCGCAACUUGAGGUCUGAGGAUGGUGGGAAGACUUAUGUUGAUCUUCUCCAGGAUUUGAUGGAGAAGACCAUUACUCUUGCCCUUGCCACGGGUCAUAAGAGUUUUAGUGCAUCUCUAUCUAAGCUUGUUGAGAACUAUGCUGAGCUCUUGGCCAGUCAAGGCCUUCUUAAAACUGCAAUGGAGUACUUGAAGCUUUUGGGAUCAGAUGAACAUUCACAUGAGCUAGCAAUACUGAGAGAUCGAAUUGCCUAUUCCACAGAAGAGAAUGAUGCUGCAAGGAGUACUCUUCCUGAGAGCAGUGACAACAGUUCCUCCUACAGUCAAAAUCAACCAAGUUACUCCAUAGACCCUUCUCAGAAUGGUUUCCAGGUUCCCAACAGCUACAUCACAGACACUUCUCAGAAUCCUUAUAAGGUCCCUCAACCAUAUAGCAAUGCGCCAAGCAAUGCAUAUCAAGAUGUUUACCCGCAACAACCUAAUACAACCUAUUCAAGAUUCAGCAGUGGACAUCAAGCACACACCAAUAUGUUUGUUCCUCAGACCACACCAGCGGACAUCCAGCCAAAUCCAACCCCAUUACCGGUCCCACAACAUACGGUGAAGGGUUUUACUCCUGCAAACGUACCGAGUCUAAAAAAGGUAGAUCAAUAUCAGCAGCCAAGUACCUUGGGUUCCCAGCUUUACACGGCUCCUACGAAUUCGUCAUUUAUGCCUGGACCAUCUGCCCCAUACCCAAGUGGACCUCCCACCACAUACCAUCAGCCUGUACCGCCGACUCAGUACCCGACUGUUCCACCUGUCCCUUCUGCACCAGGAACAAACCCUAAUCAGAUGUUCACCCCUGCUGUUCCAACUCCUAAUCAGAUGUUCACCCCUGCUGUUCCAACUAAUCCAGCUUCCAGGUUUAUGCCAUCAAACAAUCAAGGUUUUGUUCAGCACCCAGGUCCAAGUCCUGUACAACCGUCGAGCCCAACACAUGCGCAGCCACCAGCGCAGCCUGCCGUUGCCGCUCCUGCACCACCCCCAACUGUGCAGACAGCUGAUACAUCAAAUGUGUCUGCUGAGCUGAGGCCCGUUAUUGCAACACUCACCAGACUAUAUGAUGAGACAGCCAAAGCUCUCGGAGGCACACAAGCUAAAAAACGUGAAAUUGAAGACAACUCAAAGAAGAUUGGGGCAUUAUUUGCAAAACUCAACACUGGGGAUAUCUCUCCAAAUGUUUCUUCAAAACUCAUUCAGAUGUGCAGUGCACUUGAUAGUAGUGACUUAGCCACUGCGAUGCAAAUUCAGAUUCAACUGACAACCAGUGAUUGGGACGAGUGCAACUUUUGGCUCUCAGCAUUGAAGCGUAUGAUCAAGACAAAGCAAAAUUUCAGAAUGUAAAUCCAUGUGGCCUUUGUGCUGCAGCUAGUUCUGUAUACACCUUUUCUGCUGUCAAAUUGUUAGUGUUAGCGAUUCUGGGGAUUUGGCUGCACACAGAUGUUAUCUGGCUUCAUGUGUUAUCAUACUUGAAUUCUGCCGAAGCCUGUUGCCGAAAGUGGUCUCUCAGCUGGGUGACAUUACGUUUUGACAAAUAGUUUUUCCAUAUUUGUUUUGUAAGAGGAUCAGUCCUUGGGGUGUCGCUGGUUUUGAAAAGCUGUAAGAAAUUACUUAGUCUGUCAUAGCUUGUCCAUUUUCCUUACCCUUGAAUGAUCAGUUUGUACUUUGGAUGAUUAAUGGUAAGGACGCUGGUUUGUCUAUUGCAUUGUCAUCAUCAAUAGAUAUAUACAAUAAUAAAAGUUCUGUUAUAGUCUUCU